AGGUUAAUUCUAUAGGCCCCACCAUACUCCUCCUCAAAAAUACCCCAUAUACAGGACUUCUUCCCCUUUCUUAACAUCUCUCUUCUUUCCCUUAACCUCUACUCACUGCACUUUCUUUCUCAUUCUCCAAAAGUGUGGUGACUACUUUCAUGGAGAAGACAGAUCAGAGAGAAACUCGAGACUUCGUGAACGUUGAAUCGUUCUCUCAAUUGCCAUUCAUUCGUCCAGCACCGGUGAAAGAAAAGGCCAUUAGGCUAUUUGGUAAAGAAUUUGGAGGUGACUCUAUUUCUACUGAUCCUCGUGAAGUACAGGAGCUGUUUCCCGAUACUAAUACUCGUGAAGAGAUCAAAGACUACGAGUAUAAUGGCGAAAGCAGCCGAAAAUUCGAAUGCCAUUACUGUUGCAGAAACUUCCCUACUUCACAAGCCCUUGGAGGUCAUCAAAAUGCGCACAAGAGAGAGCGUCAACAUGCUAAAAGGCUGCAUCUUCAAUCUGCUAUGGUGCAUGGUUCUGUAUCUGAUCACCCUCACCUCUAUGGUGUAAUGAAUUAUCCCCUUGGUUCAGGCCCAGCACCUGCUUAUAAUUCAUGGACCAAUUACAGUGCUACAAAUAACGGGUUUUAUGGUCACUAUGGAUCUAGUUACUCUCGACCACCUAUUAAUGGUAGUCCCUUGGCCUUAUGCCGAAUCCCAUCCGUCCAUACUUCGACGGCCUUUAGACGCGUCCAUUCAUCAACUCAUCAGCUGCCGUUGUUCUCUAACCACGAUUUGAAGCUAGGCUCAGAAUCUCAAAGCAGGUUUGGGUACGAAUCAAAGCCAAGUAUGCAAGAUCAUGUAAGUUUGGAUUUACACCUUUAACAUUUCUUCAGGAACAGCAUAUAACAUUCUCCGAGGCAGGCUAUGAUUUUCAUUCGACUGAGGUAUUUUUUAUUAUUAAUUAAUGUAUAACCGAUCUGUUUCUUAAUCUUAUUUCGUGGUAUCAGUUAGCAUGUAAAUGAAAUCGACUUCAAUUAGUACGGUUCUGAUGUUCAAGAAGCUUAUGUCUUGUGCAAUUUGACUCUUCACAAAUUGUUCAUUUUUAUUCUAGUAUUUCAGUCCAUUUGUAAUCUUAUGAAACUUAAUUUCACUGCUUGUUCUCUUCUAAGUUCUAAAAUAA